UGCAAAGGCUGCCCAUCGCCAUGAAGCUCCUCCUGGCCCUCGCGGCGGGGCGCGCGGCCGCCGUCACCGACGUCUUCCUCGCGUCGGACCGCCUCGCGGCCUCGGCGGCCGUGCUCAACUCGGUCUGCGACAACAGCAACCCUUCCCAGCUCCGCUUCCAUCUGCUGGCGCCGACGCAAGAGGAGGCGGAAACGCUGGCGCGCGAGACGGAAACGGCCUGCGAUGGCGCGGUUGUGCUGCCGUACGGCCUCGCGGAAUUCGAGGCCCGCGUCCGGACGCUCGGCGAGGAGCCGAUGUGGACGACGGCGCUCGCCACGGUCGAACGGUCGACGUCGGCGUACGCCGUACCCGUGGCGCGCUGGGACCGCGACAAAAAGCACACGUCCCCGUACAACCACGCCCGCUUCUACGCGCCCCAAUUGAUAGAAGGCGACACGCUCGUGAUGCUCGACGACGACGUCAUCGUCCAGGGCGACGUCACGACGCUCAAGCCGCAGCAAAAGGCCGUGGCCGCGGGCUGCCAGCAGUGGUACGUGAACGGAGACGACUUCGAGGCCUCCACAGAUUUAUCAUAUGCUGAUGUUCCGUACUUCGGCUACGGCGUCUUGUCGGAGGACCGCGGCGACCCAACUUGCGCGCACGAGCACGCGACGGAGUGCGUUCCCGGCGACGCGCGGCAGUGGUUCGCCGAGGUGGCGCGCACCGACCAAGCCGUCGCGAGGCGCGCCGCCUGGCCGCGGCUCCUCCGGCGCCUCGCCGCGAUCAAGGACGACGCCUUCGCUUCCCCCUCGCCGGACGACGGCGACGCGUUCGUCGAGGAAUUACGGAACGCUCGGGCCUGGAACUUCGGGCUGGUCGUGAUCGACCUCAACUCGUGGAAACGGCACGAGCUCACGGCGAAAUAUACUGGGUGGCUCGAGGCCAACUACCGUCGGGAAUUCUGGCCAAGCGACUCCCUCGCGUUCGGGCUGGGCCUGCCGUUCCUCGCGCUGCGGGGCGAGGUCGAGUGCUUUGAGGAUGCUGGCGCCGUAAGCUUCGAGCAGGGCCUGGGCGUGGCGCCCUGGGUCCACACGGACCGCGACACGAAAACUCUAGACGACGCCUUUGCCCUACAUUGGAACGGUAAUAGGAAGCCGUGGGAUAUGGAUCGGUGCGACGAGGAGACGCGGCCCUACUUCUUGCGGUACCUCGCGCGGUCCCCGGGACUCUACGGCGGCCACGUCGCCGAAUCUAACGGAGACUACUAUGCCAAGUGCGCACCGCCGCCACCCAAGCCCUCGCACCACCGCUUCCUCGCGGACCGAUCCACUGCCACGAAGGCGUCGGUCGCGGGCUCGGCAUUCUCCACUUGGGACCAGGCCUACGCGUGGUAUGCGAACGUAUAUAAGUUCACGGAGCCCAAGGACAUUGCGGAGGGCUAUACCGAGGCGGACUGGCCGGGGAUGGUCCGACUCGCUGCGUCUUCAGUUUCGCCGUCGACGCGACACUGUAAAGGUCGUUUCCACGCAGGCCAUCACCAUCGAUGAUUGUGAAGCCAAGUGCGCCGCCCACUUUCCGAGUGGCCGCGGAGUCCUCGCGUGCCCCAAGACGGAACUCGAGCGCAACAUCCUGAAGUGGCUCUGGUGGCAUCCCAGUGCAUAUGGCUUCGUAGGUAACUAUCGCGGCACGGCGGCGAGCGACGCCUUCGACGGCUGCCCGCGCGGUGCCGGCACCGUGGGCGACGGCACGGCGGGCGUCGCCGGCGAUGGCCCCGCGUCGCUGGGCUUCAUGCCGGACAACGGCGGCACGUGCGACAUCGAGGAGCGGUGUGCGGUGCUUGUGGGAAACGAGUGGGUGAUCGAGAAGGAGACGUGGGGCAAGGGCGAGUCCUGGGAGGUGACGGACCGAUGGCAGACCGGCGAGAUCACGUGGAAGGACUGGAUCGACGACAAGAGCUGCGGCACCGGGGACUACGCUUUGCCCGAGAAGGACGUGGAAGAGAACGACAGCGGUGAACUGAGUGGAAAUCAACCAGUGCGUCGGGUGCACCCGACAAUUCUUCACGAAGUCCUUUCUCGGCGACUACGUGGCCGCGCUGGCUCCGUUGAGUAGUGAUGAACCGGCACCGCCACGCCAUCGAGCGAACGAGCCGUAAAAUUUGAUUUCCACACAGGCGGUGAAGGCACGAAGACGCGCUACGAGCACCGCCGGAGCGUUUGUUUGUGCGAGGACGCCGAGGCGGAUUCUUCGUACGAUACAGCCGAUCUCCUCGCCACGUCGCCGGGGCUCCCCUCCGGCUCGACGGCGUUGCCCUGCGACGACAUGCUCGUCUCGAGCGAGGACAAGUACGACAAGACCACGAGUGCCGAGGCGUUCGCGAUCGUCUUCAUCGUCCUCAUCGUCGUCGGCAGCUGCAUCGCGUGCAGCGUCUUCGCCUUCAUGAGCCAGCGGCGCCAGAGGAUGCUAUACGAGGAGAACGAGAAAAAAAGACAAGCGCAACUGGCCAACGCGGCCCCCAUCGUCCACGCGCCUCCCGUCGUCCAGCCCCAGGUCCAGCAAGGCUACGUCCAGCCUCAAGUCGUGCAGGGCGGCUAUGGGGCGCCCCAGGGCACCGUGGUGCAGGGAGGCUACGCCCCCCAGCCGGGCUACGCGCCCCAGGGACAAGUCGUCGGCGCCUACCCGCCCGCGCCACCUGCGGGACAAGUCUAUGCCCCCCAGGGCACCGUCGUUCAGGGCGGCUACGCGCCCGAGGGCGGCUACAAGCCCGAAGGGUACUGAGCACACCCCAAAUUCACCCAAUGCCUCUCCAAGUCGCCUCCUGCUGCUCUAUCGCGAUCUCCCCUUACCCUAUUGAAAUAACUACUGCUCACGUCCACGACCGAAUAAACUUACGAGAAAACACUA